CUCUCUGUCGGUCGGGAUUUCGGAACCACGGGAAAAUCACCGGAAAGGGCUUUGGUGAUAAAACCGCUCGCUUUGGGAGAGGAUACCACAUUAUAUGGUCACACAAACACGUAACGAGCUACUUUAUCCAGUAUUUCAUCAUGGCGGCUGAACUAUGAGGUGUUGUGUAGCUGCAGACGACUGAGUGAACCAUGGCACAGUUCCCCACCACAUUCACAGGUCCAGAUGUGUUUCUGAUCUCAGUGGAUGAGAGAGCCAAACAUGAUCAGCAGUUUCACAGCCUUUCUCCGACUGCCGGGGGUUACAUCACAGGUGACCAGGCCAAGAACUUCUUUCUUCAGUCAGGGCUGCCCCCUCCCAUCCUGGCCCAAAUCUGGGCUCUGGCUGACAUGAACAGUGAUGGCCGUAUGGACAUCCAUGAGUUCUCCAUUGCCAUGAAACUCAUCAAACUGAAACUCCAGGGGCACCCUCUGCCCCCUACGCUUCCUCCUAGUAUGAAACAACCCCCACUGCCUUUACCCCCACAGACUGGCUUCGGCAUGCCCCCCAUGGCUCCCAUCCCGACUCCCAUCCCAGCUCCUUUGCCAGGCGUGCCCCCGCUUCCCCUGCCCCCUCUCCCUGUUGGGGUGUCUCCCCCACUGGUCUCGUCUGCCCCACCACCCAUCCCCCAGCCCAUCGCCAACGGAGCUCCCCCCACAGGCAUGAUGCAGCCCAUCUCAGGCUUUUCCCACCCAGCUCCAUCUGUCAACAAGUCUUCUUCGUUUAAUCGUUCCAGUACCAAGUUGCAGAAGGGGCCAUCCUUUGACAUUGCUAGUAGUCAGCCCCCGUCUGAUUGGGCCGUUCCUCAGUCCUCAAGGCUGAAGUACAGACAGCUUUUUAACUCCCAUGACAAGAUGAUGAGUGGACACCUCACCGGUCCCCAGGCUCGUACUAUUCUGAUGCAGUCUAGUCUUCCUCAGAGUCAGCUGGCCACAAUAUGGAGUCUAUCAGAUAUUGACCAGGAUGGAAAGCUAACAGCUGAGGAGUUUAUCUUGGCCAUGCACCUCAUAGAUAUGGCUAUGUCAGGGUUACCGCUACCCCCUGUGUUACCACCAGAAUACCUCCCACCCACAUUCAGGCGUGUACGAAGCGACAGUGUUCAGUCGGACCAGAAGAGCGUCCAGGAGGAGGUGGAGGAGGAGACCGAGAGCAGCCAAGAAAAGAAACUACCAGUUACAUUUGAGGAUAAGAAGAGGGAGAACUUUGAGCGAGGAAACCUCGAGUUGGAGAAGAGACGUCAGGCUCUGCAGGAGCAGCAGAGGAAAGAACAGGAGAGACUGGCUGCGCUGGAGAGAGAGGAACAGGAGAGAAAGGAGCGUGAACGUCUAGAGCAGGAGAGGAGGCGACAACAGGAGCUAGAAAAACAGCUGGAGAAGCAGAGAGAGUUGGAGAGGCAGAGGGAAGAAGAAAGACGCAAAGAGAUAGAGAGAAGAGAGGCUGCUAAGCGUGAAUUGGAGCGCCAGCGUCAGCUGGAGUGGGAGCGUCAACGUCGGCAGGAGCUUCUAACUCAAAGAAACCGAGAGCAGGAGAGUAUAGUGCUGCUCAAAGCCAGGAAGAAGACCCUGGAGUUUGAACUGGAGGCUCUGAAUGAUAAGAAGACCCAGCUGGAGGGCAAACUGAAGGAUGUUCGGUUUCGUCUGUCAGCUCAGCGGAGAGAGGUGGAGCAGACCAAUCAGACCAGAGAAACACGCAUUGCUGAAAUCACCCUGCUACAGCAACAGCUGCAGGACUCCCAGCAGUGGCUAGGGAGGCUAAUUCCUGAUAAACAGAGUCUCAAUGACCAGUUAAAACAGGUUCAACAGAACAGCCUGCACCGUGACAGUCUGUCGUCCCUGCAGAAGGCUGUGGAGCAGAAGGAGACCAGCAGACAGCAGCUCAGAGAGCAGCUGGAUGCUGUGGAGAGAGAGACAAGGGCCAAAUUGCUGGAAAUAGACGCUUUUAACACCCAGCUGAAGUCUCUGUGUGAGUUCUAUGCCAACCACUGUGCCAGGAUAGAAGCCCUGCGACGCCAGCUUCAGGAGGAACAGAGAGGGAGACAGGAGCUGCGGGAGAUCCACAGCCGGCAGCAGAGACAGAAACAGAAGGAGCUGGAGGGGGACACACACACAUUGACACACACACACUCUCACAUACACACUCCGAGCGAGAGAAAGUCCGCUGAGCUGCAGGAGAGCAGGUUGCCAUUAGAGGAAGGUGUGGCCUGGAGGGAUGAAGCAGGAAGCUCUGUCCCUAAAGCUCCUAGCCCGGCCUCCGUCUCUGCACCCGACGCCUGGCUAAACAGAGUGACUCAGGAAGAGGAGGAGAGGAAGAGGAGAGGGAUGGAGGAAGAAGAGGAGGGUCGGAAGGGAGCACGAUCAGUAGAAGAGAAGGAGGACGAGGGAAGAGGCAAGAAGGACAUGCAGGAUAAACUAAACAAGCUGUUCAGCCAGUCGGCAGACCCCUGGGCUUCACCAGGUCAGCCGCCGCAGCAGCCGCAGCAGCCGCCGCAACAGCAGCAGCAGCAGCAGCAGCAGCAGCAGCAGCAGCCAGUGAAGGUGGUCUACUACAGGGCUCUAUAUCCAUUUGAUGCUCGCAGCCAUGAUGAGAUCAGUAUCACCCCUGGAGAUGUGAUCAUGGUGGAUGAGUCCCAAACAGGUGAACCUGGCUGGCUGGGGGGAGAGCUGAGGGGGAGGACUGGUUGGUUCCCAGCCAAUUAUGCGGAGCGGAUACCUGACAGCGAAGCACCGAUCAGCCUGCGUGCCACAGCCUCAGCCACGCCCACUUCUGCCCAGCAGCCGAUUUCCACGCCUCCUCCAGCGCCUGGACACACCUCCUCCUCCACAUCCUCUGCCAACAGUAACUGGGCCGACUUCAGCACCACUUGGCCCUCAAAUACAGCCAGCCAAUCAGACAGCGAGGGAUGGGACGCAUGGCCGACCUCCUCAACCAGUCAGAAUCCAUCACUCAGUGUUCCCUCGGCGCAGCUACGGCAGCGCUCCGCCUUCACACCUGCUACCAUGACGACCGGCUCCUCUCCUUCACCUGUGCUGGGACAGGGGGAGAAGGUCGAGGGUCUUCAGGCUCAGGCCUUAUAUCCCUGGAGAGCAAAGAAGGACAACCACCUCAACUUCAACAAAAACGAGAUAAUAACAGUGUUGGAGCAGCAGGACAUGUGGUGGUUAGGUGAACUGCAGACUGGACAGAGAGGCUGGUUCCCCAAAAGUUACGUCAAGCUUAUCUCCGCCACCAUGGUGGCCCCCGCAGGUGCCGCAGCUCGCAGCAAAAACACUAGUGAAUCUGGAGUAUCAGACAGCCCUCCCAAUGGAAAACGACCCUCCCCCUCCCCGACUAAACCUUCUGAGUCCGGAGAAGAGUACGUGGCCAUGUACACCUACGAGAGCAGCGAACAAGGCGACCUGAGUUUCCAGCAAGGCGAUAUCGUCAUGGUGACCAGGAAAGAAGGGGAUUGGUGGACAGGCAUGGUCGGGGGCAAGACUGGAGUCUUCCCGUCCAAUUACGUCAAACCUCGAGACUCAGCAUCGGAGUCACUGGGACCAGCAGGGAAGACGGGCAGCCUGGGAAAGAAACCAGAGAUCGCUCAGGUGAUCGCCCCCUACAGUGCCACAGGAGCAGAGCAGCUGACGUUAGCUCCUGGUCAACUCAUCCUCAUCAGGAAAAAGAACCCAGGGGGCUGGUGGGAGGGUGAGCUCCAGGCCCGGGGGAAAAAGCGCCAGAUAGGUUGGUUUCCAGCCAACUACGUGAAGCUUCUCAGCCCCAGCACCAGCAAGACAACGCCCACAGAGCCCACGCCUCCUAAACUGGCUCCUGCCAGCACAGCUCUGUGUCAGGUGAUCGGCAUGUACGACUACGUCGCCCAGAACGACGACGAGUUGGCCUUCCAGAAGGGUCAGGUGAUCACAGUGCUCAACAAGGACGACUGUGAUUGGUGGAAGGGAGAGCUCAACGGGAGGGAGGGUCUGUUUCCCAGCAACUAUGUCAAACUUACCACGGACACUGACCCGAGCACGCAGUGGUGUGCCGAUCUCCAUCUGCUGGACAUGCUGAGUCCCACGGAGAGGAAGAGGCAGGGCUACAUCCACGAGCUGAUCGUCACCGAGGAGAACUACGUCAACGACCUGCAGCUCGUCACGGAGAUUUUCCACAAACCCCUGCUGGAGUGCGAGCUGCUGACGGAGAAGGAGGUGGCCAUGAUCUUCGUCAACUGGAAGGAGCUCAUCAUGUGCAACAUCAAGCUGCUCAAGGCUCUGAGAGUGAGGAAGAAGAUGUCGGGGGAUCGGAUGCCGGUGAAGAUGAUCGGCGACAUCCUGACCAACCAGCUGCCUCACAUGCAGCCCUACAUCAGAUUCUGUUCGUGUCAGCUGAACGGGGCCACGCUGAUCCAGCAGAAAACCGACGACGACCCCGAGAUCAAAGAUUUCCUCAAGAGGUUAGCCAUGGAUCCCAGAUGUAAGGGGAUGCCUCUGUCCAGUUUUCUGCUGAAACCGAUGCAGAGAGUCACGCGCUACCCACUCAUCAUCAAGAACACCUUGGAAAACACUCCAGAGUCGCAUCCAGACCACAGCCAUCUGAAAGCUGCUCUGGAGAAAGCAGAGGAGCUGUGUUCACAGGUGAACGAGGGCGUCAGGGAGAAGGAAAACUCGGAUCGUCUGGAGUGGAUUCAGGCUCACGUUCAGUGUGAAGGCCUGUCGGAGCAACUGGUGUUCAACUCCGUCACCAACUGUCUGGGUCCCAGGAAGUUCCUCCACAGCGGGAAACUCUUUAAAGCCAAGAGCAGCAAAGAGCUCUACGGCUUCCUGUUCAACGACUUCCUGCUGCUGACGCAGGUGACCAAACCCCUGGGCUCGUCGGGCUCGGACAAGGUCUUUUCCUCCAAAACGCACCUGCAAUACCGCAUGUACAAGACGCCAAUCUUCCUAAAUGAGGUGUUAGUGAAGCUGCCAACGGACCCGUCGGGAGACGAACCUCUGUUCCACAUCUCUCACAUAGACAGAGUUUACACGCUCAGGGCGGAGAGCAUCAACGAAAGGACGGCGUGGGUUCAGAAAAUCAAGGCGGCUUCGGAACUCUUCAUUGAGACGGAGAAGAAGAAGAGGGAGAAGGCGUACCUGGUUCGUUCUCAGAGGGCCACGGGUAUCGGUCGACUGAUGGUCAACAUCGUGGAGGGCAUCGAGCUCAAACCCUGCCGCUCCCACGGAAAAAGCAACCCGUACUGUGAGGUGACCAUGGGUUCCCAGUGCCAUAUCACAAAAACAUUACAGGACACGUUGAACCCUAAGUGGAACUCGAAUUGUCAGUUUUUUAUAAAGGACUUGGAACAGGACGUCCUCUGUGUCACUGUGUUCGAGCGAGACCAGUUCUCACCUGACGACUUCCUGGGCAGGACGGAGAUCCGGUUGGCUGAAAUAAAGAAGGACCAGGGCUCUAAAGGACCAAUCACGAAGCGGUUGCUGCUCCACGAGGUUCCCACAGGAGAGAUUGUUGUCAGGCUGGACCUCCAGCUGUUUGAAGAACCAUAAAACCAGAGCAGGACCGUGCUGGACUGGACCGGACUGGACUGGACGGAAAAGGAACUAAGAGAUGCGAUGUGAACCCGGCCUGGACUGGACUGGCCUGGAUUCUCUCAGUUUGGUCUGGUGCAGCUUCUUAGUGCUUAUAAGCUGCUAGGGGGCUGAUUUUCCAUCAUUCCCUGACCGGUUUGACCGGGAAAAAAAAGCUAUUAAAUUUCAUUUUAUGUGGUAGAGAGGUCUUAAAAAGUCUUAAAUUGAAUCGGUGAACACUGCAGAGACCAAAAGCCCCUCAGGUUCCCUGUGUAGCAGUUCCUUUUAGGAAAUUCCAUUAAUCUGGGAAUUUGCAAAACUAUUGUAUAAUCUCAUCCCCCGUCCUACGUCAUUAGAUCAUCUUGCGGCCCCUUUCUUCGUGUCAAAAUAAAAAUUCUAACACCUUUAAUUUUUUUUAGUUUAUUUUGGGGAAAACAUGGUGCAUUUUCCUAAAUAAAAUAAAAUAAAAUAAAAUAAAUAAAGUUCAACAAAUUACCACAAAACUAACUGACAUACAGAUAAUCUGAUUUGGUUUUCUGGGGCCCGUUAAUCCAGCCUUGCGAGGGAAUAAUAAUGUACGAACACAUUUGUGGAAACACUGCAACUCUCCUCGCCGCCACGUUCGAUUAUUUAAAAAUGGACCGGCAUCCCGAGAAUCUAGCAAACUAUCAGUAGUAUUAGCAGUACCAGCAUUUACAUGCCAGUCAAUCAUUUAAAGCAAUACUGCAUCUAAAUGCAGACGACAGGGGGCAAUACGACGGAUUCUCCUCCAGCCAAAAGCGGUUUUGACCGGCCUGCAAAAAUUUUGAGCAUUUUUAGUUUUUUUUUUUGCGCCACAUUACUUCCGUGGAAAUUAAGUGGAACGAAGAGCUACACAUAUCAGUUUCACUGAGGCGAGGCACGUUCAUUUGUGUGUCACCUUCCAACAACAAGGUGAUUCAAAAUGCUUAACGUCGUCGACACCAAAAGAAAAGAAAGAUAAGACAAUAUAAAAGGACAAGACACGUUUAACUAGGACUUAAGAGAUGAAUUUUGUACCUAAACACCAUUUGUCUGCAGGUUCCGAAUCUCUUAAACUCGUCAAAUGUAUAUUCCAUGGCACAAAAGUCUUACACACAGUAUCUCUUUAUGUCUUAAAUUUUAUAUUUAAAAUUUAGUUUUACUGGUCUGAAAAAUGUUCGUGUAAUGGCCACAUGCUGAUAGGUUAACUAGCUCAGCACGAAUGAUGUUGUACUACCAAGGAAUGAAAAUCCCAGGCCUGUUUCUAUUCCGGUCCAGUCCAGUCCUCUUCCGUCCACCUUCGGUCUGGUCCGGUGCAGUAGUUGGUCCAGUCCAGUCCUCUUGGGGAUCAGCCGGGUCUUUACUGUUUUCACUCCCUUUGCUUGAUCAGACAGUCCCACAGACACUCCAGUGACAAUCCCAGCCCCCCUUCUUUGUCCCAACAAACCCAAACCCCUCUGUGUGUCUGUGUGUGUGUGUGUGUGUGUGUGUGUGUGUGUGUGUGUGUGUGUGUGUGUGUGUGUGUCUCAGAGAGUGAGACAGACUGCUGGUUUGAAUGCCUGUACGAAUGUCAAGGUGGACAGGCUAAUUAAUGGUACGGUUCAGUGUAUAUUUUUAUUUUUAUUUUUUACGUCGAGUCUUAAAACUCUCUCAGAGUCUUAAUAUCAACCCCUCGGGUUUUCAGCUCUGAGGUGCUGCAUGUGGAAAAAGGAACCUUUGACAUUUUGAAUUUCGGUCUGUUUUGACCUUCGCUGAACACUUGCAGCAUUAUCACAGAAACUGCUAAAUAUGUACGGGUUUAAUGAGAAAUGCUGAAAAUACUAAUAAGCUGAAACUAUAGAAAGACUUUACCCCAAUAUAUGACAAGUGUCCGGUGUACAUAAAUUACAGACAUGCCAAAAUGUCCCUUUUACAUUUGUCAGUUAUCAUAAUGUUGAUGAUAAAAUGGCAGCAGGUGUGAAAGCUAAUUUAAAUUGAGGUACUGUAACGAAGAAUGUCUUGAUUUUUUUUUUUUUCUUAUUUUUUUGAUGUGGGACGCACACGGGGGUUGUAGUUUUAGCUGAUUUUUGUCACACAUUCAGCCUCCGUUGUUUCGUUGCCACAGUGUGCGGGGAGCUGUCGCAGUGGCCGUCCCUAAGCAGGGGGUCGAAAAACCUGAAAGAGUCUGAGCCCGAGCAAGGCUCGGUGCAGGAAAUAACUUUGCUGCGCGUCGGCGCUCCCAGCACUUUUUAAAACGGACGCCCUCGCCGAUAUUAGAGCAGAGCAGGACGAGACCCGACUGACGUAUGCCACGCAGCGGCCAUUUUGAAUCGUCAAAGUAGGAAACGUAACCUGGAAGACUAAAAAAGAAGACUGCUGUUGUUCUUAUUGUCAAUAAAUUCCCGCGAAAGAUCAAAACCAGCAAUGUGUUAGUCCGUCUCUCCGUGCUCUCCGACUUCUCUGCCCUGUCUGUGGCUGUCAAGCCCAUUGGGUCCUACUGAAGACAUAUAUUUUUUAAAAAUGGCUCACAAAUACGUGGAUGUGUUUUUUGUCUUUUUAAAAAACAAGGCUCGGUAAUUUCCCCAAACAAACGGGCACCGUAGUUUUGAGAAAACGUAACUCAAACAGGAGGAAACCGUGCAUUUGCCGGGGACUAUUUUCAGCGGCGGAUGAAUCCACAUUUGUUGCUCCAGUGAGUAUUUGGGGCAACAACAGGGACCGAGUCAAAAUGAAUUACAGCGUGUGUUCAUGGUAACGAGGGAACAUGUCACCCGGUGCAACGCUGUGGCUCACUGAUGUGUUUUCAAUAGUUUUUGGACAACAAAGGGGCUCGGUGGCUCAAAGAUAUAUCAGGCUUUGGAUACACACGAAAUACCUGUUACUAGGAUAUAUUCACUGUUGGUUUUGGUCUUUUCACGAGAAUUGUUGAGAAUAAGCAAAUUAUAGAAUAUCACCAGAACUGUCCGUUCAACAUACGAAUGAGUUGUCAUAUCGCAGAGUUCCCACUUGUUAUGGAGAAAGCUGAGAAAGCUGGAAACUGUUCCGUGGUCCAUUGUUUUUCUGGAUGGAGAAAAAUGCAGUGAAAGAAAACAAACAGAGAAUCAGUCGUUCAGUAUUGUUAUUUCAGUUUCCCAUCUAACUUUCCCCUUGACUGCAGAAUCAAAAGCUUCAAAUCGGACGCUAACGCGUUUUUUUUCUGCACUACUUGUGUUUUUUUUUUUUUUUACAUCAGGCCUCUACAGUUAUCGCAGUAAUAGAAAAGUCGAUGUGAUUCAAAAGAAAAAGGGAUUCAGGCUAGCCCUGUAGUUGUAGUACAAAUUGUUGUUGUCCUCUAAUUACAGAGCCGUGGACUAACGCCCAUGUUUUAAAGGAGACUUCCACAGGGUGGAAUUUGUAAUGUCAUUGAAAAUGUCCUUGGAAAUGUCCUGGAAAAUUAUUUCUUGAAAAGAGUAGGAACCCUGCAUGAGCUCGCAGUUGUGAGGACCUCUGCUACGACUGCUUAAAUUGGCAAGGAAAUUGGCUAGCUAGUUAGCAACAGCCUGCUAUAGUCUGGACUGUGGCACCCUUCUGUAGCAAGCUAUUGAACAUUGUUAAAACGGGAACUAAUUCCUCCAGUUUUUGAGAUCAGAUCGCUUCCUAUUUGUUUAGAGAGAGGAAUAUUAAAUUCUUCGAAUAACGAAAUGUUUGUAUUGCUGUCAUAGCUGCUGCGUAUUUCCAGUGCCUUCACGUGGGUGUUGUGUUAGCUAGUUCAUGAGAUGGUGCCAAACAAAAGCCUGCACAAGUUGUAGUUUGACAUUUUUGUAAAAUAGUGGGGUCAAAUUACGUUUAUCACCUGUCGCUUUUCUUGUUCUUUGACAUAAAAAAAAAAACGAC